UACUCCAUGAAAUUAAGGCAUUUGUAAUCAAAACAAGCGACUGUUUUAACUACAAGGGCAAAGAAAAUGCUAAAAGACUUUAAAGCUGGGAUGAAGGUCGAUUAGUUGUGGUGUUCCUGUGGACGAUGGAUGAACUUCCGCAUUCCUGUUUGAGUUUUGGACCAAAUUUCCUGUGAAGUCGAUCGUCCAGGCAGCAUGUACUCUCUGCAAAACCGUCCCACAGACUGGAGCUCGGCGCAGCCCAGCUUCUCUCCGCCCCAGGAAAGACUCAACGCCACGCCCGGCCUCAGCGGCGCCCUCAUGCUGUCGCCCCCGGUGCAGUCCGCCCCGGGCCACACCCUCCCGUCCCUCAACGAGCUGGCCGACCUGGAGAGCAUGCUGCUGUGGACGCUGCACGAGCCCAGCACCAUCGCCCUGAUGCUCAUGUACUGCCUGUCCUUCGUUCUGGGCUUCGUGGGCAACCUGAUGUCCCUGCGCGUCCUCACCAACAGACGCAGCCGGCGGCUGGCGGGCAUCAGCGCCACCCGCACCCUGCUGGUUAACCUGGCCGUGUGCGACCUGGCCGUGGUGUGCGUGUGCAUGCCCAUCACGCUGGCCAGUCAGAUCUACACCGCCUGGGUUUACGGGGACCUCCUGUGUCGAGCCGUGCCCUUCACGCAAGCCGUCUCCGUGUCGGCCAGCGUUCUGACGCUAACCGUCAUCAGCGUCAACCGUUACUACAGCGUCCGCUCGCCGCUGAGGGCCCGCUCCAUGUUCACACGUCGACGCAUCCUGGCAACGGUCGGCGUGGUGUGGGCUGUAUCGUCCGUGAUCUGCGCACCCAUCGCUGUGAUGAACCGGCGGCGCGAGAUCAGCUUUGGGGCGUUCGCCAUCUUGGUUUGUCAGGAGGAGUGGCCUAAGCCUCGCCUAAAACAAGGAUACAACGUCCUGCUGUUCGCCAUGCUCUACUGCCUGCCCGUCACCUUCAACCUCACCCUGGGAUUCCUGACGGGCCGCCGCCUCUGGGCCGGCAAGAAGUCCGCCUUCGCCGACCUGGACCCCCGCAGCCGGGCUCUUCACGCCUCGCGGCUGAAGACCCGGCAGAAGAUCGCCAAGAUGGUGGUGUGUCUGGUGCUGCUCUUCGCCGCCUCGUGGCUGCCGCUCUACUUGGCCGACCUCUGGAUCGACCGCGAGCAAAGGCCGCCGUCUUGGCUGCUGCAGACGCGGCCGUUCGCCCAGUGGCUGGGUCUGACCAACUCCAGCCUCAACCCCAUUUGCUACUGCUUCAUCGGCGACCUGUACCGCUCGGCCAGGGUGAUCCGGACGCGCUACUACCAGAAGGUGGCGACCCUCUUCGGCACCACUUCUUUCUCAAGCUCGGUGUCGCCGGCGGCGGCCGUGCCCGUCGUCGCCGUAGGUCCGGACAGCAAAGCGAGCGCCUCCGAGCGAGGCAACAUCGCCGCCGUAGCCGUGUCCGCCUCCAUGGCGACCAUCCCUCGCUUGCUGAGCUUGGCGCGGGGUCGGGGACCGGCCCGCUUCGGAUCGGAGCACAGCAUCUCGGACUGGUGCCGCUCCAGUCCGAGCGUGGGCGACAGCGGCGCCUUGUUUCCCUGCCCUGUGCGCACGCCCGACCCGGCCGCGCAGAAACAAGACUUCCUCCCCGCCAGGAGACACUCGGCCAACGAGAACUUCGGCACGCUUCCUACGAGAGCCGGGCGGGACGCGGCGCCAGCGAGGAGUCACUCGGGGGGAAGGCUAUCUGCAGAGUGCGGCGAUAACAGAGAAAUCAUUAGCGGCGGCUUUUGUUUUGACGGCCGGCGCUCGAGCGAAACAUCCCGAAGUGGACGGAAGGAAAGCGGCGACACGAGCGGCGUGUGAAAUCUAAUCUGGACGCCCACAAAGCUUAAAUCCCUCAUGCACACACAAGCUACUGUUUGUCUCCCGGAUGACCUGUCCUCUGCCCGCUUCCUGCCAUCCUGAGCACAAACUCCCCCCCCCACCCCCGUGGCGAGCUUUAUUGGCGGGGAUAGCACUUAUCCGCACUAAAGCAACAGCCCGCCACUCUUUAAUGGCGUUCAUCUGCCAGACGACAAUAAGACGGUGGCUGCUUGGCGAGUCGCACUUUCACGUUUCUCUUUGCCCUUCACACCAAAGGCAGAGACACUUUUUUUCCUUCAGUCACGCCGUUGUUGGUCUGUGCACACGCGCUUUCUGUCCGCUUUUACUUGCAAGGUGGACAAAAGUCUUGGGACGCCUCCUUCACCGGCUCGCUCGGGGGCCGGGGUGGUCCAAAGAGUGGAACCUCGAUUUACGAACUUAAGUGGUUCUUCAACAUUGUUCGUAAACCGAAAAGGUUGGUAUAGUGGAGCACAGUUCCCCUUGAGAAUUAAUGUAAACAUAAUUGGUUGCAGCCUCCACAAAAGUCCACAUUUUAGUAAAAA